AUGCCUAAACGCAUCCAAAAAAGGCUGGUGUUGAUGGGUGAUAGUGAUGUGGGUCCGUAUGGCAUGACAUUUCUGUUCAUUAUGACUCAAAAAUUAGAAAUUUCACUAGAAAAGACCGCUUUACUACGUUCGUUUCUUGUUCCUGAGUUCGUUCUGAGUCCUCGAGUGAGCCCUUUCCACCUCCGUCCCGAUCUCCGGACGCGGACGUUCGAAAAUGUUCAGCAGAUGCUCAACCAGUUUACUUACAGAACCCACUACCGAGAUAUUUCGACUAUUCUUUGCAAUAUGUCCGGAAUGAGCAAAGCCAGACUGUCGAUUUGGGCCGACCGAGAGAGCUUUGAACAUGCAGAACAAAAGUGGUUGCCAGAGAUUCAGCACUUUCGUCCUGGUAUUCCGGUCAUACUGGUCGCUUGUAAAGUGUAUCUUAGGAUUAAUAUGAACCUAGCUGAGCAAAUGGAGAGAAGAUGGGAUCUAUUGAUCUCCAGAGAAGAAGGAGACACUAUGGCGCAGAGGAUGGGAGCGAAGAUAUACAUCAAAUGUAGCACUAUGACUCGAACAAAUGUCGAUGAAGUCUUUCAGAAGGCUGCUUUUAUCGCCAACUCAUUUCCCCUGUCAAAAGUCAAAUAA